UCACAAAUCGCGACAUGGAUCCCUCACCGCAACGACUACUUGGAUGCGCUCUUGGCCCAUGAGGCACCCGGUCUCAAGCAAAAUACGUUGAAAUGUCAAACCGUCGUUCACAACGACGAUGGGACCACCCGUGCGUGUGGCACGCCCAGUCCGACCAUCAGAUGCCGCGAUUGCUUCAGCUGCCAGACCAUCGAAUGCGUCCAAUGUUGUCUGCGACGCCAUAAAGACUUGCCGUUUCAUCGUAUCGAGCAAUGGAACGGUCAUUAUUUCAAGCGUACCAGCCUUCAUGGCUUAGGCUACAAGCUCCACCUCUGUCGUUUCGGUGCGAAAUGUUCGAAUUCUACGCCCGGCCCCCGGAACUUCGUCGUAUUCCAUACCAAUGGUCACCAUCGCCUGCGCCUCAUCUACUGUGGGUGCGGCACACCCGUCAAGUCCGAGCAGCUUCUUCUAUUUCGUCUGUUUCCUGCGACAACGGCUGAACCUCGGACGGCCUUCACGUUCGAUUGUCUCAACACUUUUCACCUGCUCAAUUUGCAAGGCAAGCUCACGUUGCACGAUUACUAUCAAGCUAUGAUUCGAAUGACGGACAACAUGGAACCUGCGCCUGGCAUUUGGAGGUACCAUGACGCCAUCCUUGCCGUCCGUGAGUGGCGUCAUUUGAAGAUGCUCAAACGAGCCGGCAGGGGUAACGAUCCGUCAGGAAUACGAGGCACACCUGUCGGAGGACUUGCCGUGGAAUGCCCCGCGUGUCCGCAUCCCGGUCGCAAUCUCCCAGACAACUGGGAGACGGAUCUGCGCAGGUCAUGGUUGUAUACCCAGUUCAUCGGGGUGGACGCUUGCUUUAAGCUGAAAUUGAGGGAUCGUGGCUUCCAAGACCCGGCUUUAGGCGAUGGCUUGGCAUAUUUUGUUUCCGAUGUGCAAUAUAAACACCACCUUAAAGAAUGUACAAACGUACAGGAUGUAGAACCCUGCGACGCGCAUCAUCAUGCGGUCAGCCAGAUGAACACUAAGAACAACAACAAGAAGGUGCUUGUGACCGGGCUCGGAGCAGUGGUGUGCGCGCGGCAUUCUCUCAUGAGGAAGAAUGCGGUCGCCGAUCUGACUAAAGGCGAGCGACAAGUCACGAUGGACUACAUCUUCUGGUCUACGCUGGCAGACUCGAAUAUAUCGAUGGUGGUAGCGUCGUACGAUAUCGCUUGCUCCUGGUCUAUUCACUUGAUGGAUCGACUACGACGAAAUUACGCAGACAAACUGGUUCAGAAGUUCUCCAGGAUUGGGUUCAUCUUCAUGGUGCCGAAGGUACAUCUUCCCAGUCAUGGAAAGAAAUGCCGACGGUUAUACGACUUUCAACACCAGCCGCAUGUCGGUCGCACACACGGAGAAACUAUAGAGCAGCAGUGGGCUCAUCUAGGCGGGGUGGCGACCAGUACCGUCGAGAUGGCUCCGGAAGGUCGGCGUUCUGCCCUCGAGGAUCACAUGGGUAAUUGGAACCACGUCAUGAAGAUCAAUAUGGGCAAAAAUAUGUUUUGGUCACUGACAGAAGCCCUGAACCAAAGCGUCAAGCAUCGUCAACUUUACGAGGAUUUGUCAAGCACCUUCGAUGAAGGCACCAUCCAGAGGUGGACGGGCCUCAUCCACGCGUUUGAACGGGACAAAAAGGCAGGGAAGGAUCCAUAUGCCGAACCCGAGCAAUCGCAGACAUAUGAUCAGAUCCGGAAACGACUCGAAGACGAGGAGAAGGCGACUGAAAAAGAUUCAGAAUCGGAUGGCUCAACGUUGCAACAUGAUUUCUCACCAUCGGAGUACGUUCAGCGCGCUCUAAAGCUCCUCGAUAGACAGCGCGCCAUGACACGCGACAUAGCGACACAGCAAGCAGAGCACCAUUGCACCACGGCCGAUUUGCAACGGAAGCGUGAGGUGUUCCGAAGCGAUGUCAGGAGUCUCACAAAGGUUGCCGUCCUAUUCAUGCCGUGCCUUGCUCUGGCUUCGGAGGAUGAAGAGGUUUUGCCAUCUACAUCUAGAAGUAUCGUCCAUCUUCCAUCCUCCCUGGUCGCCGCGGGCCUUCCGCUGUCGGGCUGCGUGUCGGGUAUUGUUCGCGCCGAAGAACAGAUGCGUACUGCGGAGGCGGCGGACGCCCUCGAAGCUCUCUGUAGAAUGAGACGCUCGUAUAUGGGGCUGAUCCACAAGUACAAGGUUAAUGUCUUCGGUUCAACGUCCGCCAAUACUCGUUCCCGGGCCGUUCUCAAGGGCGUGGGUCGCAAAAUACAUCUCUUGGCCCUGAAGUAUCGCGAUGCACGUUUGGCGCUUGUGGCUCUCAACCCGAAGGGCUCGUGGCGCGAUUUCCUACUCGAGCUUCGAGAUGACGACAUCCGCGGCCCUUAUCCAGAGGAGGACGAAAGAGAAGGGCGUCGCGAAGACUCCUGGAUAUGGCGAUCACGAGGACGUCUAGUACGUCAGGUGCUGAAGCUUGAUGGGUCUGUGGAUGGCAUGCGGCUCAGCGCCGAGGAGGAACUGGACGAGACCAUGCUGUAUAUGUGGGCAGCUGCGCGCGCCCGCUUUCUCCGAUGGCAGGAGGAAGUGCACCUCCUGGUCGAGGAGAUGCGGCGGAUCAUCGCAUUCCUUCAUUGGCAGGCCGACUCAUGGCUGUCCAAGCGUGGCUCUCGUCAUGGAGUGGUCAUCUCGUUCGCUGCCGAUUGCUACGCUUCCAGACAGGCUGAUCAAUGCCGUGCGCUCGCCGCCAGUUUCGUGCAGCGAUGGGCACCACUACUGAAGAGGACGGGUCAUGGAGAACCGUGGAUCCACGAAUAUGUUUCGUCUUUGGAGAACACCUCACUUGAGGACAGGGACGAGGAGGCGGUUGAUGAGGAACUGGUAGACGCAGAGGACGAGAAUGAGGAUGGGGACCAAGAUGAGGACCAGGAUGUGGGCCGCAAGAACGCUGUUUUGGACGCUACUGACUAUUCCGUAUAUCUAACAACCGACUAG